UAAGGCCCACGCUCCCCGUCUUCAAUCCAAGUACUUCCUUGUUCUUAAAACGAGUUCAAGUUACACAAUAGCCUGCUAACCGUAUGAAUAUUUUUUAAAUGUUAAUAUCUGCGGUGUUAGAAGCCGAGGCAUCAUACGAUUCAAACCUCCUGCUUGCAUUUAGAUCUAGAGUUUCAAGCCUAAUGCAAGUGUUUAAAGCCAAAAUGAGUUUUCGGUAAUGGCUAACAUGAAAGUGUGAUAGAAUGAAGCUACACUACCAAGGAAAGUCGUCUUUACUGGUGCUGUCAUUUUUUGCCUGUUGGAUGAAUGGAUAUCUCGCUCGAGAAUGUCCACCAUUCACCUACUCAAUGGACUGCUCUAUUCCAUGUGACUGUGUCCAAAACAACAGUGUUUCAUGUAGUAAAUUUACUGGUGAAUGUUUCUGUGAAAAAGGAUGGACAUCAAGUGACUGUUCUGAGGACAUCAAUGAAUGCCUGGAUAAUCGCUGCCCUGAUUAUUCUCAAUGUAUCAAUUUAAAUGGAAGUUAUGAGUGUCAGUGCUAUGCAGGACUAGAAAUGAGUGUUUACGGUACUUGUCAAGUGGAAGCCAAUUCCACUUGUUUCCAAAACAACUGUUCUAACCUAUGUGCAAGAGUACCACAGAAGAAUUUCUUUGAGGAAAAAUGCUAUUGUCCAAAAGGUAGCAUACUGAAUGUAAAUAAAUGCACAGCUUGCUCAAACUUCACCUAUGGCGAAGAAUGUCAACUGACUUGUGACUGUAUACAGGAAAAUACUGCUCAGUGUGAUGCAAGAACUGGAACCUGUAUAUGUCUUCCUGGUUGGACAUCAGAGAAUUGUUCUGUUGAUAUCAAUGAAUGUGCAUAUUCCUAUUAUUGUGGUUCAUUUUCUACAUGCAUUAACACUCUUGGUAGCUAUACUUGUCAAUGCAUAUCCGGCUAUGAAUUUGGUCCAUCUGGAUACUGUCAAAGAAAAAAUUGCAGCACCAUUCUAACCGACUCUUCUGGUGUUAUUUAUAGCCCCAAUUAUCCUUCAAGUUAUAAUGAUUUGGACUACUGUUCUUGGUUAAUACUAGCAAAUGAAAGUAGCCAGAUUUCACUAAAAUUUAGUAUGCUGAAGACUGAAUGCUGCUGUGAUUAUGUGAGCGUUUAUGAUGGAAACAGUACGUUUGCCACACAACUUGGAAGGUUCUGCACUUUGCCCAAUGAUAACUUAACUUCAACAGAAAAUUCUCUUCUGAUCACAUUUUCAACAGAUGGUAGUGUCACAUCAUCAGGUUUCUUUGCUUCUUAUGAAAUAUUGAAGAAAUGUCCACCAUUCACCUACUCAAUGGACUGCUCUAUUCCAUGUGACUGUGUCCAAAACAACAGUGUUUCAUGUAGUAAAUUUACUGGUGAAUGUUUCUGUGAAAAAGGAUGGACAUCAAGUGACUGUUCUGAGGACAUCAAUGAAUGCCUGGAUAAUCGCUGCCCUGAUUAUUCUCAAUGUAUCAAUUUAAAUGGAAGUUAUGAGUGUCAGUGCUAUGCAGGACUAGAAAUGAGUGUUUACGGUACUUGUCAAGUGGAAGCCAAUUCCACUUGUUUCCAAAACAACUGUUCUAACCUAUGUGCAAGAGUACCACAGAAGAAUUUCUUUGAGGAAAAAUGCUAUUGUCCAAAAGGUAGCAUACUGAAUGUAAAUAAAUGCACAGCUUGCUCAAACUUCACCUAUGGCGAAGAAUGUCAACUGACUUGUGACUGUAUACAGGAAAAUACUGCUCAGUGUGAUGCAAGAACUGGAACCUGUAUAUGUCUUCCUGGUUGGACAUCAGAGAAUUGUUCUGUUGAUAUCAAUGAAUGUGCAUAUUCCUAUUAUUGUGGUUCAUUUUCUACAUGCAUUAACACUCUUGGUAGCUAUACUUGUCAAUGCAUAUCCGGCUAUGAAUUUGGUCCAUCUGGAUACUGUCAAAGAAAAAAUUGCAGCACCAUUCUAACCGACUCUUCUGGUGUUAUUUAUAGCCCCAAUUAUCCUUCAAGUUAUAAUGAUUUGGACUACUGUUCUUGGUUAAUACUAGCAAAUGAAAGUAGCCAGAUUUCACUAAAAUUUAGUAUGCUGAAGACUGAAUGCUGCUGUGAUUAUGUGAGCGUUUAUGAUGGAAACAGUACGUUUGCCACACAACUUGGAAGGUUCUGCACUUUGCCCAAUGAUAACUUAACUUCAACAGAAAAUUCUCUUCUGAUCACAUUUUCAACAGAUGGUAGUGUCACAUCAUCAGGUUUCUUUGCUUCUUAUGAAAUAUUGAAGAAAUGUCCACCAUUCACCUACUCAAUGGACUGCUCUAUUCCAUGUGACUGUGUCCAAAACAACAGUGUUUCAUGUAGUAAAUUUACUGGUGAAUGUUUCUGUGAAAAAGGAUGGACAUCAAGUGACUGUUCUGAGGACAUCAAUGAAUGCCUGGAUAAUCGCUGCCCUGAUUAUUCUCAAUGUAUCAAUUUAAAUGGAAGUUAUGAGUGUCAGUGCUAUGCAGGACUAGAAAUGAGUGUUUACGGUACUUGUCAAGUGGAAGCCAAUUCCACUUGUUUCCAAAACAACUGUUCUAACCUAUGUGCAAGAGUACCACAGAAGAAUUUCUUUGAGGAAAAAUGCUAUUGUCCAAAAGGUAGCAUACUGAAUGUAAAUAAAUGCACAGCUUGCUCAAACUUCACCUAUGGCGAAGAAUGUCAACUGACUUGUGACUGUAUACAGGAAAAUACUGCUCAGUGUGAUGCAAGAACUGGAACCUGUAUAUGUCUUCCUGGUUGGACAUCAGAGAAUUGUUCUGUUGAUAUCAAUGAAUGUGCAUAUUCCUAUUAUUGUGGUUCAUUUUCUACAUGCAUUAACACUCUUGGUAGCUAUACUUGUCAAUGCAUAUCCGGCUAUGAAUUUGGUCCAUCUGGAUACUGUCAAAGAAAAAAUUGCAGCACCAUUCUAACCGACUCUUCUGGUGUUAUUUAUAGCCCCAAUUAUCCUUCAAGUUAUAAUGAUUUGGACUACUGUUCUUGGUUAAUACUAGCAAAUGAAAGUAGCCAGAUUUCACUAAAAUUUAGUAUGCUGAAGACUGAAUGCUGCUGUGAUUAUGUGAGCGUUUAUGAUGGAAACAGUACGUUUGCCACACAACUUGGAAGGUUCUGCACUUUGCCCAAUGAUAACUUAACUUCAACAGAAAAUUCUCUUCUGAUCACAUUUUCAACAGAUGGUAGUGUCACAUCAUCAGGUUUCUUUGCUUCUUAUGAAAUAUUGAAGAAAUGUCCACCAUUCACCUACUCAAUGGACUGCUCUAUUCCAUGUGACUGUGUCCAAAACAACAGUGUUUCAUGUAGUAAAUUUACUGGUGAAUGUUUCUGUGAAAAAGGAUGGACAUCAAGUGACUGUUCUGAGGACAUCAAUGAAUGCCUGGAUAAUCGCUGCCCUGAUUAUUCUCAAUGUAUCAAUUUAAAUGGAAGUUAUGAGUGUCAGUGCUAUGCAGGACUAGAAAUGAGUGUUUACGGUACUUGUCAAGUGGAAGCCAAUUCCACUUGUUUCCAAAACAACUGUUCUAACCUAUGUGCAAGAGUACCACAGAAGAAUUUCUUUGAGGAAAAAUGCUAUUGUCCAAAAGGUAGCAUACUGAAUGUAAAUAAAUGCACAGCUUGCUCAAACUUCACCUAUGGCGAAGAAUGUCAACUGACUUGUGACUGUAUACAGGAAAAUACUGCUCAGUGUGAUGCAAGAACUGGAACCUGUAUAUGUCUUCCUGGUUGGACAUCAGAGAAUUGUUCUGUUGAUAUCAAUGAAUGUGCAUAUUCCUAUUAUUGUGGUUCAUUUUCUACAUGCAUUAACACUCUUGGUAGCUAUACUUGUCAAUGCAUAUCCGGCUAUGAAUUUGGUCCAUCUGGAUACUGUCAAAGAAAAAAUUGCAGCACCAUUCUAACCGACUCUUCUGGUGUUAUUUAUAGCCCCAAUUAUCCUUCAAGUUAUAAUGAUUUGGACUACUGUUCUUGGUUAAUACUAGCAAAUGAAAGUAGCCAGAUUUCACUAAAAUUUAGUAUGCUGAAGACUGAAUGCUGCUGUGAUUAUGUGAGCGUUUAUGAUGGAAACAGUACGUUUGCCACACAACUUGGAAGGUUCUGCACUUUGCCCAAUGAUAACUUAACUUCAACAGAAAAUUCUCUUCUGAUCACAUUUUCAACAGAUGGUAGUGUCACAUCAUCAGGUUUCUUUGCUUCUUAUGAAAUAUUGAAGAAAUGUCCACCAUUCACCUACUCAAUGGACUGCUCUAUUCCAUGUGACUGUGUCCAAAACAACAGUGUUUCAUGUAGUAAAUUUACUGGUGAAUGUUUCUGUGAAAAAGGAUGGACAUCAAGUGACUGUUCUGAGGACAUCAAUGAAUGCCUGGAUAAUCGCUGCCCUGAUUAUUCUCAAUGUAUCAAUUUAAAUGGAAGUUAUGAGUGUCAGUGCUAUGCAGGACUAGAAAUGAGUGUUUACGGUACUUGUCAAGUGGAAGCCAAUUCCACUUGUUUCCAAAACAACUGUUCUAACCUAUGUGCAAGAGUACCACAGAAGAAUUUCUUUGAGGAAAAAUGCUAUUGUCCAAAAGGUAGCAUACUGAAUGUAAAUAAAUGCACAGCUUGCUCAAACUUCACCUAUGGCGAAGAAUGUCAACUGACUUGUGACUGUAUACAGGAAAAUACUGCUCAGUGUGAUGCAAGAACUGGAACCUGUAUAUGUCUUCCUGGUUGGACAUCAGAGAAUUGUUCUGUUGAUAUCAAUGAAUGUGCAUAUUCCUAUUAUUGUGGUUCAUUUUCUACAUGCAUUAACACUCUUGGUAGCUAUACUUGUCAAUGCAUAUCCGGCUAUGAAUUUGGUCCAUCUGGAUACUGUCAAAGAAAAAAUUGCAGCACCAUUCUAACCGACUCUUCUGGUGUUAUUUAUAGCCCCAAUUAUCCUUCAAGUUAUAAUGAUUUGGACUACUGUUCUUGGUUAAUACUAGCAAAUGAAAGUAGCCAGAUUUCACUAAAAUUUAGUAUGCUGAAGACUGAAUGCUGCUGUGAUUAUGUGAGCGUUUAUGAUGGAAACAGUACGUUUGCCACACAACUUGGAAGGUUCUGCACUUUGCCCAAUGAUAACUUAACUUCAACAGAAAAUUCUCUUCUGAUCACAUUUUCAACAGAUGGUAGUGUCACAUCAUCAGGUUUCUUUGCUUCUUAUGAAAUAUUGAAGAAAUGUCCACCAUUCACCUACUCAAUGGACUGCUCUAUUCCAUGUGACUGUGUCCAAAACAACAGUGUUUCAUGUAGUAAAUUUACUGGUGAAUGUUUCUGUGAAAAAGGAUGGACAUCAAGUGACUGUUCUGAGGACAUCAAUGAAUGCCUGGAUAAUCGCUGCCCUGAUUAUUCUCAAUGUAUCAAUUUAAAUGGAAGUUAUGAGUGUCAGUGCUAUGCAGGACUAGAAAUGAGUGUUUACGGUACUUGUCAAGUGGAAGCCAAUUCCACUUGUUUCCAAAACAACUGUUCUAACCUAUGUGCAAGAGUACCACAGAAGAAUUUCUUUGAGGAAAAAUGCUAUUGUCCAAAAGGUAGCAUACUGAAUGUAAAUAAAUGCACAGCUUGCUCAAACUUCACCUAUGGCGAAGAAUGUCAACUGACUUGUGACUGUAUACAGGAAAAUACUGCUCAGUGUGAUGCAAGAACUGGAACCUGUAUAUGUCUUCCUGGUUGGACAUCAGAGAAUUGUUCUGUUGAUAUCAAUGAAUGUGCAUAUUCCUAUUAUUGUGGUUCAUUUUCUACAUGCAUUAACACUCUUGGUAGCUAUACUUGUCAAUGCAUAUCCGGCUAUGAAUUUGGUCCAUCUGGAUACUGUCAAAGAAAAAAUUGCAGCACCAUUCUAACCGACUCUUCUGGUGUUAUUUAUAGCCCCAAUUAUCCUUCAAGUUAUAAUGAUUUGGACUACUGUUCUUGGUUAAUACUAGCAAAUGAAAGUAGCCAGAUUUCACUAAAAUUUAGUAUGCUGAAGACUGAAUGCUGCUGUGAUUAUGUGAGCGUUUAUGAUGGAAACAGUACGUUUGCCACACAACUUGGAAGGUUCUGCACUUUGCCCAAUGAUAACUUAACUUCAACAGAAAAUUCUCUUCUGAUCACAUUUUCAACAGAUGGUAGUGUCACAUCAUCAGGUUUCUUUGCUUCUUAUGAAAUAUUGAAGAAAUGUCCACCAUUCACCUACUCAAUGGACUGCUCUAUUCCAUGUGACUGUGUCCAAAACAACAGUGUUUCAUGUAGUAAAUUUACUGGUGAAUGUUUCUGUGAAAAAGGAUGGACAUCAAGUGACUGUUCUGAGGACAUCAAUGAAUGCCUGGAUAAUCGCUGCCCUGAUUAUUCUCAAUGUAUCAAUUUAAAUGGAAGUUAUGAGUGUCAGUGCUAUGCAGGACUAGAAAUGAGUGUUUACGGUACUUGUCAAGUGGAAGCCAAUUCCACUUGUUUCCAAAACAACUGUUCUAACCUAUGUGCAAGAGUACCACAGAAGAAUUUCUUUGAGGAAAAAUGCUAUUGUCCAAAAGGUAGCAUACUGAAUGUAAAUAAAUGCACAGCUUGCUCAAACUUCACCUAUGGCGAAGAAUGUCAACUGACUUGUGACUGUAUACAGGAAAAUACUGCUCAGUGUGAUGCAAGAACUGGAACCUGUAUAUGUCUUCCUGGUUGGACAUCAGAGAAUUGUUCUGUUGAUAUCAAUGAAUGUGCAUAUUCCUAUUAUUGUGGUUCAUUUUCUACAUGCAUUAACACUCUUGGUAGCUAUACUUGUCAAUGCAUAUCCGGCUAUGAAUUUGGUCCAUCUGGAUACUGUCAAAGAAAAAAUUGCAGCACCAUUCUAACCGACUCUUCUGGUGUUAUUUAUAGCCCCAAUUAUCCUUCAAGUUAUAAUGAUUUGGACUACUGUUCUUGGUUAAUACUAGCAAAUGAAAGUAGCCAGAUUUCACUAAAAUUUAGUAUGCUGAAGACUGAAUGCUGCUGUGAUUAUGUGAGCGUUUAUGAUGGAAACAGUACGUUUGCCACACAACUUGGAAGGUUCUGCACUUUGCCCAAUGAUAACUUAACUUCAACAGAAAAUUCUCUUCUGAUCACAUUUUCAACAGAUGGUAGUGUCACAUCAUCAGGUUUCUUUGCUUCUUAUGAAAUAUUGAAGAAAUGUCCACCAUUCACCUACUCAAUGGACUGCUCUAUUCCAUGUGACUGUGUCCAAAACAACAGUGUUUCAUGUAGUAAAUUUACUGGUGAAUGUUUCUGUGAAAAAGGAUGGACAUCAAGUGACUGUUCUGAGGACAUCAAUGAAUGCCUGGAUAAUCGCUGCCCUGAUUAUUCUCAAUGUAUCAAUUUAAAUGGAAGUUAUGAGUGUCAGUGCUAUGCAGGACUAGAAAUGAGUGUUUACGGUACUUGUCAAGUGGAAGCCAAUUCCACUUGUUUCCAAAACAACUGUUCUAACCUAUGUGCAAGAGUACCACAGAAGAAUUUCUUUGAGGAAAAAUGCUAUUGUCCAAAAGGUAGCAUACUGAAUGUAAAUAAAUGCACAGCUUGCUCAAACUUCACCUAUGGCGAAGAAUGUCAACUGACUUGUGACUGUAUACAGGAAAAUACUGCUCAGUGUGAUGCAAGAACUGGAACCUGUAUAUGUCUUCCUGGUUGGACAUCAGAGAAUUGUUCUGUUGAUAUCAAUGAAUGUGCAUAUUCCUAUUAUUGUGGUUCAUUUUCUACAUGCAUUAACACUCUUGGUAGCUAUACUUGUCAAUGCAUAUCCGGCUAUGAAUUUGGUCCAUCUGGAUACUGUCAAAGAAAAAAUUGCAGCACCAUUCUAACCGACUCUUCUGGUGUUAUUUAUAGCCCCAAUUAUCCUUCAAGUUAUAAUGAUUUGGACUACUGUUCUUGGUUAAUACUAGCAAAUGAAAGUAGCCAGAUUUCACUAAAAUUUAGUAUGCUGAAGACUGAAUGCUGCUGUGAUUAUGUGAGCGUUUAUGAUGGAAACAGUACGUUUGCCACACAACUUGGAAGGUUCUGCACUUUGCCCAAUGAUAACUUAACUUCAACAGAAAAUUCUCUUCUGAUCACAUUUUCAACAGAUGGUAGUGUCACAUCAUCAGGUUUCUUUGCUUCUUAUGAAAUAUUGAAGAAAUGUCCACCAUUCACCUACUCAAUGGACUGCUCUAUUCCAUGUGACUGUGUCCAAAACAACAGUGUUUCAUGUAGUAAAUUUACUGGUGAAUGUUUCUGUGAAAAAGGAUGGACAUCAAGUGACUGUUCUGAGGACAUCAAUGAAUGCCUGGAUAAUCGCUGCCCUGAUUAUUCUCAAUGUAUCAAUUUAAAUGGAAGUUAUGAGUGUCAGUGCUAUGCAGGACUAGAAAUGAGUGUUUACGGUACUUGUCAAGUGGAAGCCAAUUCCACUUGUUUCCAAAACAACUGUUCUAACCUAUGUGCAAGAGUACCACAGAAGAAUUUCUUUGAGGAAAAAUGCUAUUGUCCAAAAGGUAGCAUACUGAAUGUAAAUAAAUGCACAGCUUGCUCAAACUUCACCUAUGGCGAAGAAUGUCAACUGACUUGUGACUGUAUACAGGAAAAUACUGCUCAGUGUGAUGCAAGAACUGGAACCUGUAUAUGUCUUCCUGGUUGGACAUCAGAGAAUUGUUCUGUUGAUAUCAAUGAAUGUGCAUAUUCCUAUUAUUGUGGUUCAUUUUCUACAUGCAUUAACACUCUUGGUAGCUAUACUUGUCAAUGCAUAUCCGGCUAUGAAUUUGGUCCAUCUGGAUACUGUCAAAGAAAAAAUUGCAGCGCCAUUCUAACCGACUCUUCUGGUGUUAUUUAUAGCCCCAAUUAUCCUUCAAGUUAUAAUGAUUUGGACUACUGUUCUUGGUUAAUACUAGCAAAUGAAAGUAGCCAGAUUUCACUAAAAUUUAGUAUGCUGAAGACUGAAUGCUGCUGUGAUUAUGUGAGCGUUUAUGAUGGAAACAGUACGUUUGCCACACAACUUGGAAGGUUCUGCACUUUGCCCAAUGAUAACUUAACUUCAACAGAAAAUUCUCUUCUGAUCACAUUUUCAACAGAUGGUAGUGUCACAUCAUCAGGUUUCUUUGCUUCUUAUGAAAUAUUGAAGAAAUGUCCACCAUUCACCUACUCAAUGGACUGCUCUAUUCCAUGUGACUGUGUCCAAAACAACAGUGUUUCAUGUAGUAAAUUUACUGGUGAAUGUUUCUGUGAAAAAGGAUGGACAUCAAGUGACUGUUCUGAGGACAUCAAUGAAUGCCUGGAUAAUCGCUGCCCUGAUUAUUCUCAAUGUAUCAAUUUAAAUGGAAGUUAUGAGUGUCAGUGCUAUGCAGGACUAGAAAUGAGUGUUUACGGUACUUGUCAAGUGGAAGCCAAUUCCACUUGUUUCCAAAACAACUGUUCUAACCUAUGUGCAAGAGUACCACAGAAGAAUUUCUUUGAGGAAAAAUGCUAUUGUCCAAAAGGUAGCAUACUGAAUGUAAAUAAAUGCACAGCUUGCUCAAACUUCACCUAUGGCGAAGAAUGUCAACUGACUUGUGACUGUAUACAGGAAAAUACUGCUCAGUGUGAUGCAAGAACUGGAACCUGUAUAUGUCUUCCUGGUUGGACAUCAGAGAAUUGUUCUGUUGAUAUCAAUGAAUGUGCAUAUUCCUAUUAUUGUGGUUCAUUUUCUACAUGCAUUAACACUCUUGGUAGCUAUACUUGUCAAUGCAUAUCCGGCUAUGAAUUUGGUCCAUCUGGAUACUGUCAAAGAAAAAAUUGCAGCACCAUUCUAACCGACUCUUCUGGUGUUAUUUAUAGCCCCAAUUAUCCUUCAAGUUAUAAUGAUUUGGACUACUGUUCUUGGUUAAUACUAGCAAAUGAAAGUAGCCAGAUUUCACUAAAAUUUAGUAUGCUGAAGACUGAAUGCUGCUGUGAUUAUGUGAGCGUUUAUGAUGGAAACAGUACGUUUGCCACACAACUUGGAAGGUUCUGCACUUUGCCCAAUGAUAACUUAACUUCAACAGAAAAUUCUCUUCUGAUCACAUUUUCAACAGAUGGUAGUGUCACAUCAUCAGGUUUCUUUGCUUCUUAUGAAAUAUUGAAGAAAUGUCCACCAUUCACCUACUCAAUGGACUGCUCUAUUCCAUGUGACUGUGUCCAAAACAACAGUGUUUCAUGUAGUAAAUUUACUGGUGAAUGUUUCUGUGAAAAAGGAUGGACAUCAAGUGACUGUUCUGAGGACAUCAAUGAAUGCCUGGAUAAUCGCUGCCCUGAUUAUUCUCAAUGUAUCAAUUUAAAUGGAAGUUAUGAGUGUCAGUGCUAUGCAGGACUAGAAAUGAGUGUUUACGGUACUUGUCAAGUGGAAGCCAAUUCCACUUGUUUCCAAAACAACUGUUCUAACCUAUGUGCAAGAGUACCACAGAAGAAUUUCUUUGAGGAAAAAUGCUAUUGUCCAAAAGGUAGCAUACUGAAUGUAAAUAAAUGCACAGCUUGCUCAAACUUCACCUAUGGCGAAGAAUGUCAACUGACUUGUGACUGUAUACAGGAAAAUACUGCUCAGUGUGAUGCAAGAACUGGAACCUGUAUAUGUCUUCCUGGUUGGACAUCAGAGAAUUGUUCUGUUGAUAUCAAUGAAUGUGCAUAUUCCUAUUAUUGUGGUUCAUUUUCUACAUGCAUUAACACUCUUGGUAGCUAUACUUGUCAAUGCAUAUCCGGCUAUGAAUUUGGUCCAUCUGGAUACUGUCAAAGAAAAAAUUGCAGCACCAUUCUAACCGACUCUUCUGGUGUUAUUUAUAGCCCCAAUUAUCCUUCAAGUUAUAAUGAUUUGGACUACUGUUCUUGGUUAAUACUAGCAAAUGAAAGUAGCCAGAUUUCACUAAAAUUUAGUAUGCUGAAGACUGAAUGCUGCUGUGAUUAUGUGAGCGUUUAUGAUGGAAACAGUACGUUUGCCACACAACUUGGAAGGUUCUGCACUUUGCCCAAUGAUAACUUAACUUCAACAGAAAAUUCUCUUCUGAUCACAUUUUCAACAGAUGGUAGUGUCACAUCAUCAGGUUUCUUUGCUUCUUAUGAAAUAUUGAAGAAAUGUCCACCAUUCACCUACUCAAUGGACUGCUCUAUUCCAUGUGACUGUGUCCAAAACAACAGUGUUUCAUGUAGUAAAUUUACUGGUGAAUGUUUCUGUGAAAAAGGAUGGACAUCAAGUGACUGUUCUGAGGACAUCAAUGAAUGCCUGGAUAAUCGCUGCCCUGAUUAUUCUCAAUGUAUCAAUUUAAAUGGAAGUUAUGAGUGUCAGUGCUAUGCAGGACUAGAAAUGAGUGUUUACGGUACUUGUCAAGUGGAAGCCAAUUCCACUUGUUUCCAAAACAACUGUUCUAACCUAUGUGCAAGAGUACCACAGAAGAAUUUCUUUGAGGAAAAAUGCUAUUGUCCAAAAGGUAGCAUACUGAAUGUAAAUAAAUGCACAGCUUGCUCAAACUUCACCUAUGGCGAAGAAUGUCAACUGACUUGUGACUGUAUACAGGAAAAUACUGCUCAGUGUGAUGCAAGAACUGGAACCUGUAUAUGUCUUCCUGGUUGGACAUCAGAGAAUUGUUCUGUUGAUAUCAAUGAAUGUGCAUAUUCCUAUUAUUGUGGUUCAUUUUCUACAUGCAUUAACACUCUUGGUAGCUAUACUUGUCAAUGCAUAUCCGGCUAUGAAUUUGGUCCAUCUGGAUACUGUCAAAGAAAAAAUUGCAGCACCAUUCUAACCGACUCUUCUGGUGUUAUUUAUAGCCCCAAUUAUCCUUCAAGUUAUAAUGAUUUGGACUACUGUUCUUGGUUAAUACUAGCAAAUGAAAGUAGCCAGAUUUCACUAAAAUUUAGUAUGCUGAAGACUGAAUGCUGCUGUGAUUAUGUGAGCGUUUAUGAUGGAAACAGUACGUUUGCCACACAACUUGGAAGGUUCUGCACUUUGCCCAAUGAUAACUUAACUUCAACAGAAAAUUCUCUUCUGAUCACAUUUUCAACAGAUGGUAGUGUCACAUCAUCAGGUUUCUUUGCUUCUUAUGAAAUAUUGAAGAAAUGUCCACCAUUCACCUACUCAAUGGACUGCUCUAUUCCAUGUGACUGUGUCCAAAACAACAGUGUUUCAUGUAGUAAAUUUACUGGUGAAUGUUUCUGUGAAAAAGGAUGGACAUCAAGUGACUGUUCUGAGGACAUCAAUGAAUGCCUGGAUAAUCGCUGCCCUGAUUAUUCUCAAUGUAUCAAUUUAAAUGGAAGUUAUGAGUGUCAGUGCUAUGCAGGACUAGAAAUGAGUGUUUACGGUACUUGUCAAGUGGAAGCCAAUUCCACUUGUUUCCAAAACAACUGUUCUAACCUAUGUGCAAGAGUACCACAGAAGAAUUUCUUUGAGGAAAAAUGCUAUUGUCCAAAAGGUAGCAUACUGAAUGUAAAUAAAUGCACAGCUUGCUCAAACUUCACCUAUGGCGAAGAAUGUCAACUGACUUGUGACUGUAUACAGGAAAAUACUGCUCAGUGUGAUGCAAGAACUGGAACCUGUAUAUGUCUUCCUGGUUGGACAUCAGAGAAUUGUUCUGUUGAUAUCAAUGAAUGUGCAUAUUCCUAUUAUUGUGGUUCAUUUUCUACAUGCAUUAACACUCUUGGUAGCUAUACUUGUCAAUGCAUAUCCGGCUAUGAAUUUGGUCCAUCUGGAUACUGUCAAAGAAAAAAUUGCAGCACCAUUCUAACCGACUCUUCUGGUGUUAUUUAUAGCCCCAAUUAUCCUUCAAGUUAUAAUGAUUUGGACUACUGUUCUUGGUUAAUACUAGCAAAUGAAAGUAGCCAGAUUUCACUAAAAUUUAGUAUGCUGAAGACUGAAUGCUGCUGUGAUUAUGUGAGCGUUUAUGAUGGAAACAGUACGUUUGCCACACAACUUGGAAGGUUCUGCACUUUGCCCAAUGAUAACUUAACUUCAACAGAAAAUUCUCUUCUGAUCACAUUUUCAACAGAUGGUAGUGUCACAUCAUCAGGUUUCUUUGCUUCUUAUGAAAUAUUGAAGAAAUGUCCACCAUUCACCUACUCAAUGGACUGCUCUAUUCCAUGUGACUGUGUCCAAAACAACAGUGUUUCAUGUAGUAAAUUUACUGGUGAAUGUUUCUGUGAAAAAGGAUGGACAUCAAGUGACUGUUCUGAGGACAUCAAUGAAUGCCUGGAUAAUCGCUGCCCUGAUUAUUCUCAAUGUAUCAAUUUAAAUGGAAGUUAUGAGUGUCAGUGCUAUGCAGGACUAGAAAUGAGUGUUUACGGUACUUGUCAAGUGGAAGCCAAUUCCACUUGUUUCCAAAACAACUGUUCUAACCUAUGUGCAAGAGUACCACAGAAGAAUUUCUUUGAGGAAAAAUGCUAUUGUCCAAAAGGUAGCAUACUGAAUGUAAAUAAAUGCACAGCUUGCUCAAACUUCACCUAUGGCGAAGAAUGUCAACUGACUUGUGACUGUAUACAGGAAAAUACUGCUCAGUGUGAUGCAAGAACUGGAACCUGUAUAUGUCUUCCUGGUUGGACAUCAGAGAAUUGUUCUGUUGAUAUCAAUGAAUGUGCAUAUUCCUAUUAUUGUGGUUCAUUUUCUACAUGCAUUAACACUCUUGGUAGCUAUACUUGUCAAUGCAUAUCCGGCUAUGAAUUUGGUCCAUCUGGAUACUGUCAAAGAAAAAAUUGCAGCACCAUUCUAACCGACUCUUCUGGUGUUAUUUAUAGCCCCAAUUAUCCUUCAAGUUAUAAUGAUUUGGACUACUGUUCUUGGUUAAUACUAGCAAAUGAAAGUAGCCAGAUUUCACUAAAAUUUAGUAUGCUGAAGACUGAAUGCUGCUGUGAUUAUGUGAGCGUUUAUGAUGGAAACAGUACGUUUGCCACACAACUUGGAAGGUUCUGCACUUUGCCCAAUGAUAACUUAACUUCAACAGAAAAUUCUCUUCUGAUCACAUUUUCAACAGAUGGUAGUGUCACAUCAUCAGGUUUCUUUGCUUCUUAUGAAAUAUUGAAGAAAUGUCCACCAUUCACCUACUCAAUGGACUGCUCUAUUCCAUGUGACUGUGUCCAAAACAACAGUGUUUCAUGUAGUAAAUUUACUGGUGAAUGUUUCUGUGAAAAAGGAUGGACAUCAAGUGACUGUUCUGAGGACAUCAAUGAAUGCCUGGAUAAUCGCUGCCCUGAUUAUUCUCAAUGUAUCAAUUUAAAUGGAAGUUAUGAGUGUCAGUGCUAUGCAGGACUAGAAAUGAGUGUUUACGGUACUUGUCAAGUGGAAGCCAAUUCCACUUGUUUCCAAAACAACUGUUCUAACCUAUGUGCAAGAGUACCACAGAAGAAUUUCUUUGAGGAAAAAUGCUAUUGUCCAAAAGGUAGCAUACUGAAUGUAAAUAAAUGCACAGCUUGCUCAAACUUCACCUAUGGCGAAGAAUGUCAACUGACUUGUGACUGUAUACAGGAAAAUACUGCUCAGUGUGAUGCAAGAACUGGAACCUGUAUAUGUCUUCCUGGUUGGACAUCAGAGAAUUGUUCUGUUGAUAUCAAUGAAUGUGCAUAUUCCUAUUAUUGUGGUUCAUUUUCUACAUGCAUUAACACUCUUGGUAGCUAUACUUGUCAAUGCAUAUCCGGCUAUGAAUUUGGUCCAUCUGGAUACUGUCAAAGAAAAAAUUGCAGCACCAUUCUAACCGACUCUUCUGGUGUUAUUUAUAGCCCCAAUUAUCCUUCAAGUUAUAAUGAUUUGGACUACUGUUCUUGGUUAAUACUAGCAAAUGAAAGUAGCCAGAUUUCACUAAAAUUUAGUAUGCUGAAGACUGAAUGCUGCUGUGAUUAUGUGAGCGUUUAUGAUGGAAACAGUACGUUUGCCACACAACUUGGAAGGUUCUGCACUUUGCCCAAUGAUAACUUAACUUCAACAGAAAAUUCUCUUCUGAUCACAUUUUCAACAGAUGGUAGUGUCACAUCAUCAGGUUUCUUUGCUUCUUAUGAAAUAUUGAAGAAAUGUCCACCAUUCACCUACUCAAUGGACUGCUCUAUUCCAUGUGACUGUGUCCAAAACAACAGUGUUUCAUGUAGUAAAUUUACUGGUGAAUGUUUCUGUGAAAAAGGAUGGACAUCAAGUGACUGUUCUGAGGACAUCAAUGAAUGCCUGGAUAAUCGCUGCCCUGAUUAUUCUCAAUGUAUCAAUUUAAAUGGAAGUUAUGAGUGUCAGUGCUAUGCAGGACUAGAAAUGAGUGUUUACGGUACUUGUCAAGUGGAAGCCAAUUCCACUUGUUUCCAAAACAACUGUUCUAACCUAUGUGCAAGAGUACCACAGAAGAAUUUCUUUGAGGAAAAAUGCUAUUGUCCAAAAGGUAGCAUACUGAAUGUAAAUAAAUGCACAGCUUGCUCAAACUUCACCUAUGGCGAAGAAUGUCAACUGACUUGUGACUGUAUACAGGAAAAUACUGCUCAGUGUGAUGCAAGAACUGGAACCUGUAUAUGUCUUCCUGGUUGGACAUCAGAGAAUUGUUCUGUUGAUAUCAAUGAAUGUGCAUAUUCCUAUUAUUGUGGUUCAUUUUCUACAUGCAUUAACACUCUUGGUAGCUAUACUUGUCAAUGCAUAUCCGGCUAUGAAUUUGGUCCAUCUGGAUACUGUCAAAGAAAAAAUUGCAGCACCAUUCUAACCGACUCUUCUGGUGUUAUUUAUAGCCCCAAUUAUCCUUCAAGUUAUAAUGAUUUGGACUACUGUUCUUGGUUAAUACUAGCAAAUGAAAGUAGCCAGAUUUCACUAAAAUUUAGUAUGCUGAAGACUGAAUGCUGCUGUGAUUAUGUGAGCGUUUAUGAUGGAAACAGUACGUUUGCCACACAACUUGGAAGGUUCUGCACUUUGCCCAAUGAUAACUUAACUUCAACAGAAAAUUCUCUUCUGAUCACAUUUUCAACAGAUGGUAGUGUCACAUCAUCAGGUUUCUUUGCUUCUUAUGAAAUAUUGAAGAAAUGUCCACCAUUCACCUACUCAAUGGACUGCUCUAUUCCAUGUGACUGUGUCCAAAACAACAGUGUUUCAUGUAGUAAAUUUACUGGUGAAUGUUUCUGUGAAAAAGGAUGGACAUCAAGUGACUGUUCUGAGGACAUCAAUGAAUGCCUGGAUAAUCGCUGCCCUGAUUAUUCUCAAUGUAUCAAUUUAAAUGGAAGUUAUGAGUGUCAGUGCUAUGCAGGACUAGAAAUGAGUGUUUACGGUACUUGUCAAGUGGAAGCCAAUUCCACUUGUUUCCAAAACAACUGUUCUAACCUAUGUGCAAGAGUACCACAGAAGAAUUUCUUUGAGGAAAAAUGCUAUUGUCCAAAAGGUAGCAUACUGAAUGUAAAUAAAUGCACAGCUUGCUCAAACUUCACCUAUGGCGAAGAAUGUCAACUGACUUGUGACUGUAUACAGGAAAAUACUGCUCAGUGUGAUGCAAGAACUGGAACCUGUAUAUGUCUUCCUGGUUGGACAUCAGAGAAUUGUUCUGUUGAUAUCAAUGAAUGUGCAUAUUCCUAUUAUUGUGGUUCAUUUUCUACAUGCAUUAACACUCUUGGUAGCUAUACUUGUCAAUGCAUAUCCGGCUAUGAAUUUGGUCCAUCUGGAUACUGUCAAAGAAAAAAUUGCAGCACCAUUCUAACCGACUCUUCUGGUGUUAUUUAUAGCCCCAAUUAUCCUUCAAGUUAUAAUGAUUUGGACUACUGUUCUUGGUUAAUACUAGCAAAUGAAAGUAGCCAGAUUUCACUAAAAUUUAGUAUGCUGAAGACUGAAUGCUGCUGUGAUUAUGUGAGCGUUUAUGAUGGAAACAGUACGUUUGCCACACAACUUGGAAGGUUCUGCACUUUGCCCAAUGAUAACUUAACUUCAACAGAAAAUUCUCUUCUGAUCACAUUUUCAACAGAUGGUAGUGUCACAUCAUCAGGUUUCUUUGCUUCUUAUGAAAUAUUGAAGAAAUGUCCACCAUUCACCUACUCAAUGGACUGCUCUAUUCCAUGUGACUGUGUCCAAAACAACAGUGUUUCAUGUAGUAAAUUUACUGGUGAAUGUUUCUGUGAAAAAGGAUGGACAUCAAGUGACUGUUCUGAGGACAUCAAUGAAUGCCUGGAUAAUCGCUGCCCUGAUUAUUCUCAAUGUAUCAAUUUAAAUGGAAGUUAUAAGUGUCAGUGCUAUGCAGGACUAGAAAUGAGUGUUUACGGUACUUGUCAAGUGGAAGCCAAUUCCACUUGUUUCCAAAACAACUGUUCUAACCUAUGUGCAAGAGUACCACAGAAGAAUUUCUUUGAGGAAAAAUGCUAUUGUCCAAAAGGUAGCAUACUGAAUGUAAAUAAAUGCACAGCUUGCUCAAACUUCACCUAUGGCGAAGAAUGUCAACUGACUUGUGACUGUAUACAGGAAAAUACUGCUCAGUGUGAUGCAAGAACUGGAACCUGUAUAUGUCUUCCUGGUUGGACAUCAGAGAAUUGUUCUGUUGAUAUCAAUGAAUGUGCAUAUUCCUAUUAUUGUGGUUCAUUUUCUACAUGCAUUAACACUCUUGGUAGCUAUACUUGUCAAUGCAUAUCCGGCUAUGAAUUUGGUCCAUCUGGAUACUGUCAAAGAAAAAAUUGCAGCACCAUUCUAACCGACUCUUCUGGUGUUAUUUAUAGCCCCAAUUAUCCUUCAAGUUAUAAUGAUUUGGACUACUGUUCUUGGUUAAUACUAGCAAAUGAAAGUAGCCAGAUUUCACUAAAAUUUAGUAUGCUGAAGACUGAAUGCUGCUGUGAUUAUGUGAGCGUUUAUGAUGGAAACAGUACGUUUGCCACACAACUUGGAAGGUUCUGCACUUUGCCCAAUGAUAACUUAACUUCAACAGAAAAUUCUCUUCUGAUCACAUUUUCAACAGAUGGUAGUGUCACAUCAUCAGGUUUCUUUGCUUCUUAUGAAAUAUUGAAGAAAUGUCCACCAUUCACCUACUCAAUGGACUGCUCUAUUCCAUGUGACUGUGUCCAAAACAACAGUGUUUCAUGUAGUAAAUUUACUGGUGAAUGUUUCUGUGAAAAAGGAUGGACAUCAAGUGACUGUUCUGAGGACAUCAAUGAAUGCCUGGAUAAUCGCUGCCCUGAUUAUUCUCAAUGUAUCAAUUUAAAUGGAAGUUAUAAGUGUCAGUGCUAUGCAGGACUAGAAAUGAGUGUUUACGGUACUUGUCAAGUGGAAGCCAAUUCCACUUGUUUCCAAAACAACUGUUCUAACCUAUGUGCAAGAGUACCACAGAAGAAUUUCUUUGAGGAAAAAUGCUAUUGUCCAAAAGGUAGCAUACUGAAUGUAAAUAAAUGCACAGCUUGCUCAAACUUCACCUAUGGCGAAGAAUGUCAACUGACUUGUGACUGUAUACAGGAAAAUACUGCUCAGUGUGAUGCAAGAACUGGAACCUGUAUAUGUCUUCCUGGUUGGACAUCAGAGAAUUGUUCUGUUGAUAUCAAUGAAUGUGCAUAUUCCUAUUAUUGUGGUUCAUUUUCUACAUGCAUUAACACUCUUGGUAGCUAUACUUGUCAAUGCAUAUCCGGCUAUGAAUUUGGUCCAUCUGGAUACUGUCAAAGAAAAAAUUGCAGCACCAUUCUAACCGACUCUUCUGGUGUUAUUUAUAGCCCCAAUUAUCCUUCAAGUUAUAAUGAUUUGGACUACUGUUCUUGGUUAAUACUAGCAAAUGAAAGUAGCCAGAUUUCACUAAAAUUUAGUAUGCUGAAGACUGAAUGCUGCUGUGAUUAUGUGAGCGUUUAUGAUGGAAACAGUACGUUUGCCACACAACUUGGAAGGUUCUGCACUUUGCCCAAUGAUAACUUAACUUCAACAGAAAAUUCUCUUCUGAUCACAUUUUCAACAGAUGGUAGUGUCACAUCAUCAGGUUUCUUUGCUUCUUAUGAAAUAUUGAAGAAAUGUCCACCAUUCACCUACUCAAUGGACUGCUCUAUUCCAUGUGACUGUGUCCAAAACAACAGUGUUUCAUGUAGUAAAUUUACUGGUGAAUGUUUCUGUGAAAAAGGAUGGACAUCAAGUGACUGUUCUGAGGACAUCAAUGAAUGCCUGGAUAAUCGCUGCCCUGAUUAUUCUCAAUGUAUCAAUUUAAAUGGAAGUUAUGAGUGUCAGUGCUAUGCAGGACUAGAAAUGAGUGUUUACGGUACUUGUCAAGUGGAAGCCAAUUCAACUUGUUUCCAAAACAACUGUUCUGACCUUUGUGCAAGAGUACCACAGAAGAAUUUCUUUGAGGAAAAAUGCUAUUGUCCAAAAGGUAGCAUACUGAAUGAAAAUAAAUGCACAGCUUGCUCAAACUUCACCUAUGGCGAAGAAUGUCAACUGACUUGUGACUGUAUACAGGAAAAUACUGCUCAAUGUGAUGCAAGAACUGGAAACUGUAUAUGUCUUCCUGGUUGGACAUCAGAGAAUUGUUCAGUUGAUAUCAAUGAAUGUGCAUAUUCUUAUUAUUGUGGGCCAUUUUCUACAUGCAUUAACACUCUUGGUAGCUAUAAUUGUCAAUGCAUAUCUGGCUAUGAAGUUGGUCCAUCUGGAUUCUGUCAAAGAAAAAAUUGCAGCACGAUUCUAACCAACUCUUCUGGUGUUAUUUAUAGCCCCAAUUAUCCUUCAAGUUAUAAUGAUUUGGACUACUGUUCUUGGUUAAUACUAGCAAAUGAAAGUAGCCAGAUCUUAUUAAAAUUCACUAUGCUGAGCACUGAAUGCGGCUAUGAUUAUGUGAGCGUUUAUGAUGGAAACAGUACGUUUGCCCCUCAACUUGGAAAGUUCUGCACUUUGCCCUUUAAUAACUUAACUUCAACAGAAAAUUCUCUUCUGAUCACAUUUUCAACAGAUGGUAGUGUCACAUCAUCAGGUUUCUUUGCUUAUUAUGAAAUAUUGAAGAAAUGUCCACCAUUCACCUACUCAAUGGACUGCUCUAUUCCAUGUGACUGUGUCCAAAACAACAGUGUUUCAUGUAGUAAAUUUACUGGUGAAUGUUUCUGUGAAAACGGAUGGACAUCAAGUGACUGUUCUGAGGACGUCAAUGAAUGUCUGGAUUAUCGCUGCCCUGAUUAUUCUCAAUGUAUCAAUUUAAAUGGAAGUUAUGAGUGUCAGUGCUAUGCAGGACUAGAAAUGAAUGUUUACGGUACUUGUCAAGUGGAAGCCAAUUCAACUUGUUUCCAAAACAACUGUUCUGACCUUUGUGCAAGAGUACCACAGAAGAAUUUCUUUGAGGAAAAAUGCUAUUGUCCAAAAGGUAGCAUACUGAAUGAAAAUAAAUGCACAGCUUGCUCAAACUUCACCUAUGGCGAAGAAUGUCAACUGACUUGUGACUGUAUACAGGAAAAUACUGCUCAAUGUGAUGCAAGAACUGGAAACUGUAUAUGUCUUCCUGGUUGGACAUCAGAGAAUUGUUCAGUUGAUAUCAAUGAAUGUGCAUAUUCUUAUUAUUGUGGGCCAUUUUCUACAUGCAUUAACACUCUUGGUAGCUAUAAUUGUCAAUGCAUAUCUGGCUAUGAAUUUGGUCCAUCUGGAUUCUGUCAAAGAAAAAAUUGCAGCACGAUUCUAACCAACUCUUCUGGUGUUAUUUAUAGCCCCAAUUAUCCUUCAAGUUAUAAUGAUUUGGACUACUGUUCUUGGUUAAUACUAGCAAAUGAAAGUAGCCAGAUCUUAUUAAAAUUCACUAUGCUGAGCACUGAAUGCGGCUAUGAUUAUGUGAGCGUUUAUGAUGGAAACAGUACGUUUGCCCCUCAACUUGGAAAGUUCUGCACUUUGCCCUUUAAUAACUUAACUUCAACAGAAAAUUCUCUUCUGAUCACAUUUUCAACAGAUGGUAGUGUCACAUCAUCAGGUUUCUUUGCUUAUUAUGAAAUAUUGAAGAAAUGUCCACCAUUCACCUACUCAAUGGACUGCUCUAUUCCAUGUGACUGUGUGCAAAACAACAGUGUUUCAUGUAGUAAAUUUACUGGUGAAUGUUUCUGUGAAAACGGAUGGACAUCAAGUGACUGUUCUGAGGACGUCAAUGAAUGCCUGGAUUAUCGCUGCCCUGAUUAUUCUCAAUGUAUCAAUUUGAAUGGAAGUUAUGAGUGUCAGUGCUAUGCAGGACUAGAAAUGAAUGUUUACGGUACUUGUCAAGUGGAAGCCAAUUCAACUUGUUUCCAAAACAACUGUUCUGACCUUUGUGCAAGAGUACCACAGAAGAAUUUCUUUGAGGAAAAAUGCUAUUGUCCAAAAGGUAGCAUACUGAAUGAAAAUAAAUGCACAGCUUGCUCAAACUUCACCUAUGGCGAAGAAUGUCAACUGACUUGUGACUGUAUACAGGAAAAUACUGCUCAAUGUGAUGCAAGAACUGGAAACUGUAUAUGUCUUCCUGGUUGGACAUCAGAGAAUUGUUCAGUUGAUAUCAAUGAAUGUGCAUAUUCUUAUUAUUGUGGGCCAUUUUCUACAUGCAUUAACACUCUUGGUAGCUAUAAUUGUCAAUGUAUAUCUGGCUAUGAAGUUGGUCCAUCUGGAUUCUGUCAAAGAAAAAAUUGCAGCACGAUUCUAACCAACUCUUCUGGUGUUAUUUAUAGCCCCAAUUAUCCUUCAAGUUAUAAUGAUUUGGACUACUGUUCUUGGUUAAUACUAGCAAAUGAAAGUAGCCAGAUCUUAUUAAAAUUCACUAUGCUGAGCACUGAAUGCGGCUAUGAUUUUGUGAGCGUUUAUGAUGGAAACAGUACAUUUGCCCCUCAACUUGGAAAGUUCUGCACUUUGCCCUUUAAUAACUUAACUUCAACAGAAAAUUCUCUUCUGAUCACAUUUUCAACAGAUGGUAGUGUCACAUCAUCAGGCUUUUUUGCUUCUUAUGAAAUAUUGAAGACUUGCUCAAACUUCACCUAUGGUGAAAAAUGUCAACUGACUUGUGACUGUAUAGAGGAAAAUACUGCUAAGUGUGAUGCAAGAAGUGGAGCCUGUAUAUGUUUUCCUGGUUGGACAUCAAAGAAUUGUUCAGUUGAUAUCAAUGAAUGUGCAUAUUUCUAUUGUGGACAAUAUGCUACAUGCAUUAACACUCUUGGCAGCUUUAUUUGUCAAUGUAUAUCAGGCUAUGAAGUUGGUCCAUUUGGAAACUGCCAGAAAAAAAAUUGCAGCACAAUUCUAACCGACUCUUCUGGUGUUAUUUAUAGCCCCAAUUAUCCUUCAAGUUAUAAUGAUUUGGACUACUGUUCUUGGUUAAUACUAGCAAAUGAAAGUAGCCAGAUUUCACUAAAAUUUAGUAUGCUAAAGACUGAAUGCUGCUGUGAUUUUGUAACUGUUUAUGAUGGAAACAGUACGUUUGCCCCACAACUUGGAAGGUUUUGCACUCUGCCAUAUUAUAACUUAACUUCAUCAGGAAAUUUCCUUCUGGUCACAUUUUUAACAGACGGCAGUGUCACAUCAUCAGGUUUCUUUGCUUCUUACCAAAACUUGAAAAAAUGUCCACCAUUCACCUAUUCAAUGGACUGCUCUAUUCCAUGUGACUGUGUCCAAAACAACACUGUUUCAUGUAGUAAAUUUACUGGUGAAUGUUUCUGUGAAAAAGGAUGGACAUCAAGUGACUGUUCUGAGGACAUCAAUGAAUGCCUGGAUAAUAUCUGUCCUGAUUAUUCUCAAUGUAUCAAUUUAAAUGGCAGUUAUGAGUGUCAGUGCUAUGCAGGACUAACAAUGAAUGUAUAUGGCACUUGUCAAGUGGAAGCCAAUUCAACUUGUUUCCAAAACAACUGUUCCCACCUUUGUGCUAGAGUACAGCAGAAGAAUUUCUUUGAGGAUAAAUGUUAUUGUCCAAAAGGAAGCAUACUGAAUGAAAAUAGGUGCACAGCCUGCUCAAACUUCACCUAUGGUGAAGAAUGUCAACUGAAUUGUGACUGUAUAGAGGAAAAUACUGCACAGUGUGAUGCAAGAAAUGGAACCUGUAUAUGUCUUCCUGGUUGGACAUCUAAGAAUUGUUCAAUUGAUAUCAAUGAAUGUGCAUAUUCCUACUGUGGACCAUUUGCUACAUGCAUUAAUACUCUUGGCAGCUACACUUGUGAAUGUAUAUCAGGCUAUGAAGUUGGUCUUUUUGGAAACUGUCAAAGAAAAAAUUGCAGCAUGAUUCUAACUGACUCUUCCGGUGUUAUUUAUAGCCCCAAUUACCCUUCAGAUUAUUAUAAUUCAGACUACUGUUCUUGGUUAAUACUAGCAAAUGAAAGUAGCCAGAUUUUACUCAAAUUUACCAUGCUGAACACUGAAUGUGGCUAUGAUUAUGUAACCAUUUAUGAUGGAAACAGCACUAGUGCCCCACAACUUGGAAGGUUUUGCACUCUGCCAUAUUACAACUUCACUUCAUCAGAAAGUUCUCUUCUGGUCACAUUUUCAUCAGAUGGCAUUAUAUCAUCAUCAGGCUUCUUUGCUUCUUAUCAAACAAUUAAGAAAUGUCCACCAUUCACCUAUUCAAUGGACUGCUCCAUUCCAUGUGACUGUGUCCAAAACAACACUGUUUCAUGUAGUAAAUUUACUGGUGAAUGUUUCUGUGAUCAAGGAUGGACAUCAAGUGACUGUUCUGAAGACAUCAAUGAAUGCUUGGAUAAUAUCUGUCCUGAUUUCUCUCAAUGUAUCAAUUUAAAUGGCAGUUAUGAGUGUCAGUGUUAUGCAGGACUAGCAAUGAAUGUAUAUGGCACUUGUCAAGUGGAAGCCAAUUCAACUUGUUUCCAAAACAACUGUUCCCACCUUUGUGCUAGAGUACAGCAGAAGAAUUUCUUUGAGGAUAAAUGUUAUUGUCCAAAAGGAAGCAUACUGAAUGAAAAUAGGUGCACAGCCUGCUCAAACUUCACCUAUGGUGAAGAAUGUCAACUGAAUUGUGACUGUAUAGAGGAAAAUACUGCACAGUGUGAUGCAAGAAAUGGAACCUGUAUAUGUCUUCCUGGUUGGACAUCUAAGAAUUGUUCAAUUGAUAUCAAUGAAUGUGCAUAUUCCUACUGUGGACCAUUUGCUACAUGCAUUAAUACUCUUGGCAGCUACACUUGUGAAUGUAUAUCAGGCUAUGAAGUUGGUCUUUUUGGAAACUGUCAAAGAAAAAAUUGCAGCAUGAUUCUAACUGACUCUUCCGGUGUUAUUUAUAGCCCCAAUUACCCUUCAGAUUAUUAUAAUUCAGACUACUGUUCUUGGUUAAUACUAGCAAAUGAAAGUAGCCAGAUUUUACUCAAAUUUACCAUGCUGAACACUGAAUGUGGCUAUGAUUAUGUAACCAUUUAUGAUGGAAACAGCACUAGUGCCCCACAACUUGGAAGGUUUUGCACUCUGCCAUAUUACAACUUCACUUCAUCAGAAAGUUCUCUUCUGGUCACAUUUUCAUCAGAUGGCAUUAUAUCAUCAUCAGGCUUCUUUGCUUCUUAUCAAACAAUUAAGAAAUGUCCACCAUUCACCUAUUCAAUGGACUGCUCCAUUCCAUGUGACUGUGUCCAAAACAACACUGUUUCAUGUAGUAAAUUUACUGGUGAAUGUUUCUGUGAUCAAGGAUGGACAUCAAGUGACUGUUCUGAAGACAUCAAUGAAUGCUUGGAUAAUAUCUGUCCUGAUUUCUCUCAAUGUAUCAAUUUAAAUGGCAGUUAUGAGUGUCAGUGUUAUGCAGGACUAGCAAUGAAUGUAUAUGGCACUUGUCAAGUGGAAGCCAAUUCAACUUGUUUCCAAAACAACUGUUCCCACCUUUGUGCUAGAGUACAGCAGAAGAAUUUCUUUGAGGAUAAAUGUUAUUGUCCAAAAGGAAGCAUACUGAAUGAAAAUAGGUGCACAGCCUGCUCAAACUUCACCUAUGGUGAAGAAUGUCAACUGAAUUGUGACUGUAUAGAGGAAAAUACUGCACAGUGUGAUGCAAGAAAUGGAACCUGUAUAUGUCUUCCUGGUUGGACAUCUAAGAAUUGUUCAAUUGAUAUCAAUGAAUGUGCAUAUUCCUACUGUGGACCAUUUGCUACAUGCAUUAAUACUCUUGGCAGCUACACUUGUGAAUGUAUAUCAGGCUAUGAAGUUGGUCUUUUUGGAAACUGUCAAAGAAAAAAUUGCAGCAUGAUUCUAACUGACUCUUCCGGUGUUAUUUAUAGCCCCAAUUACCCUUCAGAUUAUUAUAAUUCAGACUACUGUUCUUGGUUAAUACUAGCAAAUGAAAGUAGCCAGAUUUUACUCAAAUUUACCAUGCUGAACACUGAAUGUGGCUAUGAUUAUGUAACCAUUUAUGAUGGAAACAGCACUAGUGCCCCACAACUUGGAAGGUUUUGCACUCUGCCAUAUUACAACUUCACUUCAUCAGAAAGUUCUCUUCUGGUCACAUUUUCAUCAGAUGGCAUUAUAUCAUCAUCAGGCUUCUUUGCUUCUUAUCAAACAAUUAAGAAAUGUCCACCAUUCACCUAUUCAAUGGACUGCUCCAUUCCAUGUGACUGUGUCCAAAACAACACUGUUUCAUGUAGUAAAUUUACUGGUGAAUGUUUCUGUGAUCAAGGAUGGACAUCAAGUGACUGUUCUGAAGACAUCAAUGAAUGCUUGGAUAAUAUCUGUCCUGAUUUCUCUCAAUGUAUCAAUUUAAAUGGCAGUUAUGAGUGUCAGUGUUAUGCAGGACUAGCAAUGAAUGUAUAUGGCACUUGUCAAGUGGAAGCCAAUUCAACUUGUUUCCAAAACAACUGUUCCCACCUUUGUGCUAGAGUACAGCAGAAGAAUUUCUUUGAGGAUAAAUGUUAUUGUCCAAAAGGAAGCAUACUGAAUGAAAAUAGGUGCACAGCCUGCUCAAACUUCACCUAUGGUGAAGAAUGUCAACUGAAUUGUGACUGUAUAGAGGAAAAUACUGCACAGUGUGAUGCAAGAAAUGGAACCUGUAUAUGUCUUCCUGGUUGGACAUCUAAGAAUUGUUCAAUUGAUAUCAAUGAAUGUGCAUAUUCCUACUGUGGACCAUUUGCUACAUGCAUUAAUACUCUUGGCAGCUACACUUGUGAAUGUAUAUCAGGCUAUGAAGUUGGUCUUUUUGGAAACUGUCAAAGAAAAAAUUGCAGCAUGAUUCUAACUGACUCUUCCGGUGUUAUUUAUAGCCCCAAUUACCCUUCAGAUUAUUAUAAUUCAGACUACUGUUCUUGGUUAAUACUAGCAAAUGAAAGUAGCCAGAUUUUACUCAAAUUUACCAUGCUGAACACUGAAUGUGGCUAUGAUUAUGUAACCAUUUAUGAUGGAAACAGCACUAGUGCCCCACAACUUGGAAGGUUUUGCACUCUGCCAUAUUACAACUUCACUUCAUCAGAAAGUUCUCUUCUGGUCACAUUUUCAUCAGAUGGCAUUAUAUCAUCAUCAGGCUUCUUUGCUUCUUAUCAAACAAUUAAGAAAUGUCCACCAUUCACCUAUUCAAUGGACUGCUCCAUUCCAUGUGACUGUGUCCAAAACAACACUGUUUCAUGUAGUAAAUUUACUGGUGAAUGUUUCUGUGAUCAAGGAUGGACAUCAAGUGACUGUUCUGAAGACAUCAAUGAAUGCUUGGAUAAUAUCUGUCCUGAUUUCUCUCAAUGUAUCAAUUUAAAUGGCAGUUAUGAGUGUCAGUGUUAUGCAGGACUAGCAAUGAAUGUAUAUGGCACUUGUCAAGUGGAAGCCAAUUCAACUUGUUUCCAAAACAACUGUUCCCACCUUUGUGCUAGAGUACAGCAGAAGAAUUUCUUUGAGGAUAAAUGUUAUUGUCCAAAAGGAAGCAUACUGAAUGAAAAUAGGUGCACAGCCUGCUCAAACUUCACCUAUGGUGAAGAAUGUCAACUGAAUUGUGACUGUAUAGAGGAAAAUACUGCACAGUGUGAUGCAAGAAAUGGAACCUGUAUAUGUCUUCCUGGUUGGACAUCUAAGAAUUGUUCAAUUGAUAUCAAUGAAUGUGCAUAUUCCUACUGUGGACCAUUUGCUACAUGCAUUAAUACUCUUGGCAGCUACACUUGUGAAUGUAUAUCAGGCUAUGAAGUUGGUCUUUUUGGAAACUGUCAAAGAAAAAAUUGCAGCAUGAUUCUAACUGACUCUUCCGGUGUUAUUUAUAGCCCCAAUUACCCUUCAGAUUAUUAUAAUUCAGACUACUGUUCUUGGUUAAUACUAGCAAAUGAAAGUAGCCAGAUUUUACUCAAAUUUACCAUGCUGAACACUGAAUGUGGCUAUGAUUAUGUAACCAUUUAUGAUGGAAACAGCACUAGUGCCCCACAACUUGGAAGGUUUUGCACUCUGCCAUAUUACAACUUCACUUCAUCAGAAAGUUCUCUUCUGGUCACAUUUUCAUCAGAUGGCAUUAUAUCAUCAUCAGGCUUCUUUGCUUCUUAUCAAACAAUGAAGAAAUGUCCACCAUUCACCUACUCAAUGGACUGCUCCAUUCCAUGUGACUGUGUCCAAAACAACACUGUUUCAUGUAGUAACUUUACUGGUGAAUGUUUCUGUGAUCAAGGAUGGACAUCAAGUGACUGUUCUGAAGACAUCAAUGAAUGCUUGGAUAAUAUCUGUCCUGAUUUCUCUCAAUGUAUCAAUUUAAAUGGCAGUUAUGAGUGUCAGUGUUAUGCAGGACUAGCAAUGAAUGUAUAUGGCACUUGUCAAGUGGAAGCCAAUUCAACUUGUUUCCAAAACAACUGUUCCUACCUAUGUGCUAGAGUACAACAGAAGAGUUUCUUUGAGGAUAAAUGUUAUUGUCCAAAAGGAAGCAUAAUGAAUGAAAAUAGGUGCACAGCCUGCUCAAACUUUACCUUUGGUGAAGAAUGUCAACUGAAUUGUGACUGUAUAGAGGAAAAUACUGCACAGUGUGAUGCAAGAAAUGGAACCUGUAUAUGUCUUCCUGGUUGGACAUCUAAGAAUUGUUCAAUUGAUAUCAAUGAAUGUGCAUAUUCCUACUGUGGACCGUAUGCUACAUGCAUUAAUACUCUUGGCAGCUAUACUUGUCAAUGUAUAUCAGGCUAUGAAGUUGGUCCAUCUGGAAACUGUCAAAGAAAAAAUUGCAGCAUGAUUCUUACAAAUUCUUCAGGUGUUAUUUAUAGCCCUAAUUAUCCUUCACAUUAUAAUAAUUUGGACUACUGUUCUUGGUUAAUACUAGCAAAUGAAACUAGCCAGAUUUCACUAAAAUUCACCAUGCUGAGCACUGAAUGUGGCUUUGAUUUUGUGACCAUUUAUAAUGGAAACAGUACAUUUGCCCCACAACUUGGAAGAUUCUGCACUCUGCCAUAUUACAUCUUCACUUCAUCAGAAAAUUCCCUUCUGGUUAUUUUUUCAACAGAUGGCAGUAUCACAUCAGCAGGUUUCUUUGCUUAUUAUACGACAUUGAAGAAAUGUCCACCAUUUACUUACUCAAUGGACUGUUCUAUUCCAUGUGACUGUGUCCAAAACAGCACUGUUUCAUGCAAUAAAUCUUCUGGUGAAUGUUUCUGUGAAAAAGGAUGGACAUCUAGUGACUGUUCUGUAGACAUCAAUGAAUGCCUGGAUAAUCGCUGUCCUGAUUAUUCUCAAUGUAUCAAUUUAAAUGGCAGUUAUGAAUGUCAGUGCUAUGCAGGACUAAAAAUGAAUGUAUAUGGCACUUGUCAAGUGGAAGCCAAUUCAACUUGUUUCCAAAACAACUGUUCCUACCUUUGUGCUAGAGUACAACAGAAGAGUUUCUUUGAGGAUAAAUGUUAUUGUCCAAAAGGAAGCAUACUGAAUGAAAAUAGGUGCACAGCAUGCUCAAACUUUACCUUUGGUGAAGAAUGUCAACUGAAUUGUGACUGUAUUGAGGAAAAUACUGCACAGUGUGAUGCAAGAAAUGGAACCUGCAUAUGUCUUCCUGGUUGGACAUCUAAGAAUUGUUCAAAUGAUAUCAAUGAAUGUGCAUAUUCCUUCUGUGGACCAUUUGCUACGUGCAUUAAUACUCUUGGCAGCUAUACUUGUCAAUGUAUAUCAGGCUAUGAAGUUGGUCCAUCUGGAAACUGUCAAAGAAAAAAUUGUGGCAUGAUUCUAACAAACUCUUCUGGUGUUAUUUAUAGCCCCAAUUAUCCUUCACGUUAUAAUAAUUUGGACUACUGUUCUUGGUUAAUACUAGCAAAUGAAACUAGCCAGAUUUCUCUAAAAUUCACCAUGCUGAGCACUGAGUGUGGCUUUGAUUUUGUGACCAUUUAUAAUGGAAACAGUACAUCUGCCCCACAACUUGGAAGAUUCUGCACUCUGCCAUAUUACAACUUCACUUCAUCAGAAAAUUCCCUUCUGGUUAUAUUUUCAACAGAUGGCAGUAUCACAUCAGCAGGUUUCUUUGCUUAUUAUACGACAUUGAAGAAAUGUCCACCAUUUACUUACUCAAUGGACUGUUCUAUUCCAUGUGACUGUGUCCAAAACAACACUGUUUCAUGUAAUAAAUCUUCUGGUGAAUGUUUCUGUGAAAAAGGAUGGACAUCUAGUGACUGUUCUGUAGACAUCAAUGAAUGCCUGGAUAAUCGCUGCCCUGAUUAUUCUCAAUGUAUCAAUUUAAAUGGCAGUUAUGAAUGUCAGUGCUAUGCAGGACUGAAAAUGAAUGUAUAUGGCGCUUGUCAAGUGGAAGCCAAUUCAACUUGUUUCCAAAACAACUGUUCCCACCUUUGUGCUAGAGUACAACAGAAGAGUUUCUUUGAGGAUAAAUGUUAUUGUCCAAAAGGAAGCAUACUGAAUGAAAAUAGGUGCACAGCCUGCUCAAACUUCACCUAUGGUGAAGAAUGUCAACUGAAUUGUGACUGUAUUGAGGAAAAUACUGCUCAGUGUGAUGCAAGAAGUGGAACCUGUAUAUGUCUACCUGGUUGGACAUCUACGAAUUGUUCAAUUGAUAUCAAUGAAUGUGCAUAUUCCUACUGUGGACCAUUUGCUACAUGCAUUAAUACUCUUGGCAGCUAUACUUGUCAAUGUACAUCAGGCUAUGAAGUUGGUCCAUCUGGAAACUGUCAAAGAAAAAAUUGCAGCAUGAUUCUAACUGACUCUUCUGGUGUUAUUUAUAGCCCAAAUUAUCCUUCAAAUUAUUAUAAUUUGGACUACUGUUCUUGGUUAAUACUAGCAAAUGAAAGUAGCCAGAUUUCACUAAAAUUUACCAUGCUGAACACUGAAUGCGGCUAUGAUUAUGUAACCAUUUAUGAUGGAAACAGCUCCAGUGCCCCACAACUAGGAAGGUUUUGCACUCUGCCAUAUUACAACUUCACUUCAUCAGAAAGUUCUCUUCUGGUCACAUUUUCAUCAGAUAACAUUAUAUCAUCAUCAGGCUUUUUUGCUUCUUACCAAACAUUGAAAACCAAUAUGCCCACCCCUCUGAACAAAAGUACUACUGUAAUAGUGGAAACAACAACUUUUAUACAAACUACUGAAACAAUUACAACCAACAGAAAUAGUACAUUUAAUACAAAACUUACAACAUUUAUUCAAAAUAAAACAUCCACAACAGCAAGUCAGCCUACUUAUUUCAACACAGAUAGCAAAUCUACACCCACUCCUACUUCAGUUACAUCUUCAACAACGACUUCCACAACAUUACAAGCAGCUACAACCACUCCCACUUCAUCAACCAUUUCUUCAGCUACAACAACCUCUCCUACCCCUAUUACAUCUUCAACAACCACUUCCAAAACAAUUUUAUCUACAACCACUCCCACUACAUUAACCGUUUCUUCAAUAACAGCAUCCAUGCCUACAACUACAACAACCACUCCUACUCCAUUUACAUCUUCAAGAACCACUUCCAUGGGUGGCUUAGAUUCAACUACAACCAUUUCUUCAACUGCAAUAAACACUUCUACUCCAAUUACAUCUUCAACAACCACUUCCACCUCAGUUGUAUCUAGAACCACUCCCACUACAACAGCCACUCCUACAACUACAACAACUGCUCCUAUUUCAGUUACAUCUCCAACAACCGUUUCCACAACAUUAGAUGCAUCUACAACCACUCCCACUUCAUCAACAAUUUCUUCAAUUACAACAUCCAUGCCUACUUCAAUUAAAUCUUCAACAACCACUUCCACAACAUUAAGUGCAGCCAAAUCCACUCCCACUACAUCAACCAUUUCUCCAACUAUAACAACCACUUCUAAUCCAAUUACAUCUUCAACUACCACUUCCACCUCAGUUAUUUCUAUAACCACUCACACAACAACAACCUCUCCUACAACUACAACAACUCCUAUUCCAGUUACAUCUCCAACAACAACUUCUACAACAUUAGAGUCAGCUACAACCAUUCCUACUACUUUAACCAUUCCUACUACUUCAACCAUUUCUUCAACUAAAACACCCACUCCUACUUCAGUUACAUAUCCAACAACCAUUUCAACAGCAUUAGGUGCAGCUACAACCACUCCCACUACAUAUACAUUUUCUUCAACUACAACAACCACUCCAACUACAAUGACAUCUUCAACAGCCACUUCCACAAAAUUAGAGGCAGCUACAAACACUCCCAAUACAUCAACCACUUCUUUAACUACAACAACCACUCCUAUUUCUACUACAUCUUCAACAAUAACUUCUACAAUAUCAACCAUUUCUCCAACUACAAGAACCACUCCUACUCCAAUUACAUCUUCAAUAACCACUUUCACAACAUUAAAUGCAGAUACAACCAAUCCCACUACAUCAACCAUUUCUCCAUCUACAACAACCCCUCCAAAAACUACAACAAUUAUUUCUUCAACUACAACAACUGUGCCUACUCCAAAUACAUCUUCAACAACCACUUUAGCAUCAUUUGUAUCUACGACCACUCCAACUACAACAACCACUCAUCCAACUACAACUACAACUUCUAUUCCAGUUACAUCUCCAACAACCACUUCCAAAACAUUAGAUGCUACUACAACCACUCCCACUACAUCAACCAUUUCUUCAACUACAACAACCAUUCCUACAACUACAACAACCUCUCCUACUCCAAUUACACCUUCAACAACCACUUAUACAACAUUAGAUGUAACUACAACCACUCCCACUAAAAUAACCAUUUCCACAACAUUAGAGUCAAAAUCAACCACUCUUGCAACAUUAAACAUUGCUUCAAGUACAAUAACCACACCUACAACUACAAAAACUACUCCUGCUCCAAUAACAUCUCCAACAACCGCUUCCACAACAUUAGAUGCAACUACAACCACUCCCACUACUUCAAUCAUUUUUUCAACUUCAACAACCACUCCUACUCUAAAUACAUCUUCAACAACCAAUUCCACCUCAGUUGUAUCUACAACCACUCCCACUACAACAAGCACCGCUACACUUACAACAACUAAUCCUAUUCCAGUUACAUCGACAGUAACCACUUCCACAACAUUAGAGUCAGCUACAAUCACUCAUUCUACAUCAACCUCUCCAACAACUCUAACAACCACUCCAACAAGUACAACAGCCACUCCAACAACAACAACAACCACUCCAACAACUACAACAACCACUUCCACAACAAUAGAGUCAGCUACAACCACUCCUACAACAUCAACCAUUUCUUCAACUACAAAAACAACUCCAACAACCACUCCAACAACUGCAACAACCAGUCCAACAACUAUAACAACAACUCCAAAAACUACAACAUUCACUCCAACAACCACUCCUACUCCAAUUGCAUCUUCAACAACCUCUUCUACAACAUUAUAUGCAACUACAACCACUCCCACUACAUCAACCAUUUUUUUAACAACAACCGCUCCUUCUACAAAUAUGUCUUUAACAACCACUUCCACCUCAGUUUUAUCUACAACGUCCCCCACUACAACAACCACUGCUACACUUACAACAACUAAUCCUAUUCCAGUUACAUCGACAGCAACCACUUCCACAUUAGAGUCAGCUACCACCACUGCUUCUACAUCAACUACUCCAACAACUCCAACAACCACUUCAACAACUACAACAAAUCCGAAAACCACUCCAACAACUAAAAUAACUACUCUAACAACUCCAACAACCACUUUAACAACUACAACAACCACUCCUACUCCAAAUGCAUAUUCAAUAACAUUUUCUACAGCAUUAGAUGAAACUACAACCACUUCCACUACAUCAACCAUUUUUUCAACUUCAACAACCGCUCAUACUCCAAAUACAUCUUCAACAACCACUUCAUUAACCCCAACCACUCCAACAACUACAACAACCAUGCCAACAGCUACAACAACCACUUCAACAACUACAACAACAGCUCCUUCUCCAAAUACUUUUUCAAAAACCACAUCCACCUCAGUUUUAUCUACAACGACUUCCACUACAACAACGACUGCUACACUUACAACAACUAAUCCUAUUCCAGUUACAUUGACAGCAACCACUUCCACAACAUUAAAGUCAGCCCCAACCACUCUUUCUACAUCAACCACUCCAACAACUCCAACAAACACUCCAACAACCACUCCAACAACUACAACAACCACUCCAAAAACCACUCUAACAACUAUACCAACCACUCCUACUCCAAUUGCAUCUUCAACAACCUUUUCUACAGCAGUAGAUGCAACUACAACCACUCCCAUUACAACAACCACUGCUACACUUACAACAACCAAUCCUAUUCCAGUUAUAUCGACAGCAACCACUUCCACAAUAUUAGAGUCAGCUACAACCACUCCUUCUACAUCAACCACUCCAACAACUACAAUAACAACUCUAACAACUACAACAACCACUCCAACAACUACUCCAACAACUUUAACAACCACUCCCACUACAACAACCACUCCCACAACCACUGCUACACUUACAACAACUAAUCCUAUUCCAGUUACAUCGACAGCAAUCACUUCAACAUUAGAUUCAGCUACAACCACUCUUUCUACAUCAACCACUCCAACAAACACUCCAACAACCACCCCAACAACUACAACAACCACUCCAACAACUAUACCAACCACUCCUACGCCAAUUGCAUCUUCAGCAACCUUUUCUACAGCAGUAGAUGCAACUACAACUACUUCCACAACAACAACCACUGCUACACUUACAACAACCAAUGCUAUUCCAGUUAUAUCGACAGCAACCACUUCCACAACAUUAGAGUCAGCUACAACAACUCCUUCUACAUUAACCACUCCAACAACUCCAACAACCACUCCAACAACUCCAACAACCACUCCCACAACCACUGCUACACUUACAACAACUAAUCCUAUUCAAGUUACAUCGACAGCAAUCACUUCAACAUUAGAUUCAGCUACAACCACUCUUUCUACAUCAACCACUCCAACAACUUCAACAAACACUCCAACAACUACAACAACCACUCCAACAACUACAACAACCACUCCGACAACAACUCCAACAACAAUACUAACCACCCCUACUCCAAUUGCAUCUUCAACAACCUUUUCUACAGCAGUAGAUGCAACUACAACCACUUCCACUACAACAACCACUGCUACCCUUACAACAACCAAUGCUAUUCCAGUUAUAUCGACAGCAACCACUUCCACAACAUUAGAGUCAGCUACAACCACUCCUUCUACAUCAACCACUCCAACAACUACAAUAACAACUCCAACAACUCCAACAACUACAAUAACAACUCCAACAACUCCAACAACUACUCCAACAACUACAACAACCACUCCAACAACCACUCCCACUCCAACAACCACUCCCACUACAACAACCACUGCUACACUUACAACAACUAAUCCUAUUCCAGUUAUAUCGACAGCAACCACUUCCACAACAUUAGAGUCAGCUACAACCACUCCUUCUACAUCAACCACUCCAACAACUACAAUAACAACUCCAACAACUACAACAACCACUCCAACAACUACAACAACCACUUCAACAACUACAACAACCCCUACAACAACAAUUCCCACAACCACUCCAAUCACUUCCACAACAUUAGAGUCAGCUACAACCACUCCUUCUACAUCAACCACUCCAACAACUACAUUAACAACUCCAACAACUCCAACAAACACUCCAACAACUACAACAACUACUCCAAAAACUACAACAACCACUCCAACAACUACAACAACCACUCCCACUACAACAACCACUCCCACUACAACAACCACUGCUACACUUACAACAACUAAUCCUAUUCCAGUUAUAUCAACAGCAACCACUUCCACAACAUUAGAGUCAGCUACAACCACUCCUUCUACAUCAACCACUCCAACAACUACAAUAACAACUACAACAACUACAACAACCACUCCAACCACUCCAACAACCACUCCAACAACUACAACAACCACUACAACAACAAUUCCAACAACCACUCCAAUCAUUUCCACAACAUUAGAGUCAGCUACAACCACUCCUUCAACUACAACAACCACUCAUUCAACUACAACAACCACUCUAACAACUACAACAACCACUCCAAUAAUUAUAACAACCACUCCAACAACCACUCCAAUAACAACCACUCCAACCACAACUCCAACAACUACAACAACCACUCCAAUAACAACCACUCUAACAACUACAACAACCACUCCAACAACUACAACAACCACUUCAACAACUACAACAACCCCUACAACAACAAUUCCCACAACCACUCCAAUCACUUCCACAACAUUAGAGUCAGCUACAACCACUCCUUCUACAUCAACCACUCCAACAACUACAUUAACAACUCCAACAACUCCAACAAACACUCCAACAACUACAACAACUACUCCAAAAACUACAACAACCACUCCAACAACUACAACAACCACUCCCACUACAACAACCACUCCCACUACAACAACCACUGCUACACUUACAACAACUAAUCCUAUUCCAGUUAUAUCAACAGCAACCACUUCCACAACAUUAGAGUCAGCUACAACCACUCCUUCUACAUCAACCACUCCAACAACUACAAUAACAACUACAACAACUACAACAACCACUCCAACCACUCCAACAACCACUCCAACAACUACAACAACCACUACAACAACAAUUUCAACAACCACUCCAAUCAUUUCCACAACAUUAGAGUCAGCUACAACCACUCCUUCAACUACAACAACCACUCAUUCAACUACAACAACCACUCCAACAACCACUCCAAUAACAACCACUCCAACCACCACUCCAACAACUACAACAACCACUCCAAUAACAACCACUCUAACAACUACAACAACCACUCCAAUAAUUACUACCACCACUCCAACAACUACAACAACCACUCCAACAACCACUCCAACAACUACUCCAACAACCACUCCAACAACCACAACAACUACUCUAACAACCACUCCAACAACUACAACAACCACUCCAACAACAACAACCACUCCAACAACUAGGCCUACAACAACCACUACAACCACCACUCAUACUCCAAUUACAUCUUCAAUAACCACUUCCACAGCAUUUGAUGCAACUACAACCACUUCCACUAUAUCAACCAUUUCUUCAACUAUAACAACCACUCCUACUCCAGUUACAUCUCCAACAACCACUUCCACAACAAUAGAUGAAUCUAUUACCACUCCCACUACAUCAACUAUUUCUUCAACUACUAUAAAGCUGGAGACAAUAUCAUAUAUUACCUCUACAUCAAGAUCAAAUAUAGAAGCACCUACUACAUCAGCUCCAGAAAGUCAAGUAAUGCAAAGAGAUCUCUAUACAUUUGGCUCUGAUGCUGGGGAUCAAGUUGUUGCCCAAGAGCUUGAAGCACACAGCCCAAUGGUUUCAUUUAGCAGUGGUGUUCCAUUUGGAUCAACAAUACAUAAAUUUUGUCAUGUCUCUAUCAAUGGUGCUGUUACAUUUGGUGAUCCAGCCUAUGCCUUAUCUCCCAAUAUAAAGAAUGCAAAGCUUCAAUCUCAGAACAUUUUUGCACCAUUCUGGAGUGAAGUUGAUCAUUUCUACACCAACUCUAGCAUCUAUUACCAUUUGUAUGAGAGAUUAAGAGUGAAAGGAACAUAUUUUUACUCUCCUCACCAAGCUCUUGUUUUAAAAAGAGCAACAGAUGAGGUUAUGGAAUAUUUCCCACAUGGGACAGAAACUUUCAAUGCCAGUACUGUAAUGGUCAUAACUUGGAAGAAUGUGAAGCCCUAUGCAUGGUACUCUUGGUUAUGUAAAGAAAAUGGCUACUCAACAUCAUUUAGUAUCUACUGUGGUGAUCAGAAUGAAGUCAAUACUUUCCAAGUUAUCAUUGCCAGUAAUGGAACAACUACUUAUGCUCUAACAAUGUACCACAAAGGUGGGAUGAAAUGGGAGUAUGUUCCAAACAGAAACAUUUUUGCAGGAUUUUUACAUGAAAACAAGUUCAGUGACAUGGGACUAUCAAACACAAGACGUAUUGUUACUCUCAGCACAGAUAUUGGCACAGCAGGUCGUGAAGGCACUUACAUUGACAUUGUUGGUUCAUCUGAAAACUCGGCUCAAAAAUGUUUAGAUUUUUACUACAACAAUUUGUAUCUCCUUGAUAAUGAACAGUUUCAGAAGGACAGCAGGGCUCUGUUGCAAUGCCCUUGCAGUUUAGAGAGACUGGACUAUCAAUGGACACUUGUUGAAAAGAGAAGCAAUGACAACAUUUACUGCUAUGCAAUAUCUUCUAUUUAUAUGAGAAAAGAGCUUCCUAAUAACACUUUAAACAAGCUUUGCUGUUACCAAUUUAAAAAAGCUAUUAGUAACAGAUGGGAAGAUACACAAAAUGCUGCUAGAGAAUCAUUUUAUAUUUCUGGUGUAGCAGAUUCUGGAAACAUUUUGACAGAAAAUCCUUUCCCAGAGAACAGACGUCAGUCUUUGGAGAAAGAUUUAACCCCAAAGAUUUGGUGUUGUCAGGAAUCAGAUCUUUGUGAACUCUACAGUAGAGUUCGGCCUGACCCUGGGUGUACUUUAGACUCACCUUUUAUUUCUGCCUCUUCUUUUGGUGACCCUCAUAUGACAACUUUGGACAGUAAAGUCUAUACACUCAAUGGGUUGGCAGAGUAUAUUAUGCUGAUUGUUCCUGGAAAAUAUAUGUUACAGGCAAGAACUGGUCGAGCAGAAACAUCCAGUGGCACUCUAACCAAUGCCACAGUGUUUGUAGCAUUUGCUGUGAAUGAGGACAAUGGCUCCUCUAUAUUACAAGUUGAGAUUUCUCAGACUAAAACAGCCAUGAUUAUCUACGCUGAUAAAAUAGACUAUACUAAUGAUUUCUAUGGGUCAACCACCUUCCAGAAGACUCUGAGCAAUUUCAUUAUUUUAAGAGAAGACAGUGGAAACAAAACUAGACUGGUGGCAUCUUUUACUACAGGUAUAACAUUGAAAAUAUUCCUCGGCACAAGAAGUCUUGAGUUUACAGUGCAAGCUGACAUUAAGUUACAAAACAAAACCCUCGGACUUCUUGGUAACUUUGAUGGGAAUUCAAACAAUGACUUUAUCCUGCCAAAUGGUACAGUGUUGACAACAAAUCAGACUAACACAGAGAGGAAAAUAUUUGAAAACUUUGGAAAGAUGUGGGAAGUUACGGACAAAGACAGUAUCUUUACCUAUAUCAUCGGAGAAAGUGCAGCUACUUACAGACAUCCAGAUUUUGUUCCAAUGUUUAUUGAAGAAAUAGAUCAAGUAAAACUAGUUGCAGCUCAAACUAAAUGUGGCUCUUCCAAUGAUGCUUGUAUAUUUGAUUAUCUGGCUACUGGAGAUGAUGAAUUUGCUAGAAACACAAACAACACCAACCAAGAGGCUAAAGCAGCUUCUGUUUCUUUAACCAAUAGUUUACCUGUGUUAAGCUUAGCCCAAGGAUUAAAUAAUGAGAGCAAGUGGGAGGUGAUUGUAAAUACAACCAGUACUAUCAAGGUGAUAGCUGUUGAUGCUGAUAAAGGAGAUACCAUAUCUUAUAAAGUAGUAAACCCUUCCUCUAGACUCAAUGUAUCAGCUGAUGGUAUUAUCACAUACAUCCCUGAUGUGGAGAAUGUUAUCAUUCAAGUUUAUGCUUUAGAUUCCAAAGCUGGCCAGUCUAACCCCAUCGCUAUAGCUACUGCUACCUGUACCAACUGUACUGGGCAUGGAGAAUGUGAUAAAAAUAGAAUACUCAAAGCUACAGGAUCUUCAACUUUGUUUGCCUGUAGCUGUUAUCCAGCUUACACUGGACAAUUUUGUGAUGAGAAUUAUAAUGCAUGUAGUGCUAGUCCAUGUGCUGUGGGUCAAAACUGUACUGACCUGACACCAGAACAGCAAGGCAUGAAUCUGACUGGCUAUGUAUGUGGACCUUGUCCUCUUGGAUUUAAAGAGCAAGGGGGCAAGUGUAUUGACAUCAAUGAAUGUGACAAUAAUUUCACAUGCUCACAAGUCUGCGUCAACACUGUUGGAUCCUACACUUGUAGCUGUUAUAGUGGUUACAGAGGGAAUGCACUCACCUCUAGUGCAUGUGAUGAUAUCAACGAAUGUGAAGAGAACACAGAUGACUGCACACAAAUUUGUCAAAAUACACCUGGAAGCUUCACUUGUAACUGUUUCAAUGGAUAUUAUUUACAAAAUGGAGUCUGUGUCAAGAAUGAAACAGAUGAAGAGUUUUGCAAAGCUAAGAACUGUUCCCAAUUGUGUUUUGUUGAGAAUGGUCAAGCAAGAUGUGAUUGUCAAGUUGGAUUCGCACUUCAUAGCGAUAACAAAACAUGCACAAAUAUUGAUGAAUGUAGUUUAGCCAAGAAGCCUUGUAGUCAACUCUGUAGAGACACUGAAGGCAAAUUUGUUUGCUCAUGUAAUACUGGUUUUAAACUUGAUUCUGACAAAGUUUCUUGCACAGCUUGUGAAACUUCUUUCUAUGGUAUCAACUGCAAUCAAUCCUGUCAAUGUAGUAGCCAAGGAUCAUGUGACCCUGUCAGAGGCUGUGUAUGUGACUUAGGCUGGGAAGGAGUUAAUUGCAACACAGAUACUGAUGAAUGUAGCUUAAAUACAGACAACUGCUUGACCGGAGAAAUUUGUGUUAAUACUUUGGGGGGCUACACUUGUAAUUGCCCUGCUGGGUAUUUUAGGAAUCAAACUUGUCAAGAUAUCAAUGAGUGUAUUAAUCCUACUUGGAAUACCUGUGGUGUACUAGAAGAUUGCAUAAACAACAUAGGGAGCUAUAUAUGUACCUGUAAAACUGGAUAUAAACGGAAUACAGUUAGUAGACAGUGUGAUGAUAUCAAUGAAUGUUUAACUGGUGAUCACAGUUGCCAACAUUUUUGUGUCAAUGUGCCAGGAAAGUUUAACUGUGAUUGUAAAUAUGGGUAUAAAUUAGCUGAUGACAGAUUCACAUGUGUGCUGGCUAAAGAUGUGUGUAAAGACUUUGAGAAACUGAACUGCUCACAGGGUUGCUCCGUAGAUUUACAGCAAAAUAAGUCUUACUGUUUCUGUAAUGAUGGUUACAGACUUAUUGAUAAAGAAAUCUGUCAAGACAUCAAUGAAUGUGAAGUAUCUACACAAAACUUGUGCAGCUUCAAGUCUGGAUGUGUUAACAGAGUACCAGGAUACAGCUGUUCAUGUCCCCCUGGGUCAAGUUUGGACAAUGAUGGAAGGACAUGUUUUAACUGUAGCAGCACAACUUGGGGAGUCAAUUGUUCAAGAUCUUGUUCUUGUUCUACUGGAGUUUUACGAUGUGAUAAUGUUAGAGGAUGUAUUUGUAAACCUGGAUAUACAGGAGUAUACUGUGAAGUGGAUGUGAACCAAUGCACUAAUGGUGAAGUCAAGUGCAGUGAAACUGAACAGUGUGUUAACAGACCUGGUCCUGAUAACUGUGUUUGUAAAUCUGGUUAUAGACUGUCAGGCAAUUCUUGCAAAGAUAUUUAUGAAUGUUCUGAGUCCUCAUUAAACACUUGUCAGCAGACUUGUAUCAAUUCCAAUGGAAGUUAUUCUUGUGCUUGCUGGCCGGGUUACACUUACAAUACUAAGACAAACUCUUGUGAUGAUAUAAAUGAGUGUGACUUGAAGUUGGACAAGUGUUCCAGUAUCUGUAUAAACACACUAGGCAGUUAUCGUUGUUCUUGUACACCUGGCUAUAAACUUGAAAGAGAUGGAUACACAUGUCAAGUAACUAGUGUGUGUACCAACAAUUUAUUGUGUCAGUACCAGUGUGUUAAUGUCAAUGGAAAUGAAACUUGUUUCUGCCCUAAAGGACAAGCUUUAAACAGUGAUUUGAAAACUUGUAGAGAUCUAGAUCUCUGUUUAAACAGUUCUUGCUCAGAUUUUUGUACUGAAACUGACUACAAUACAAGUAUCAUAUGUUCUUGUCCAACCGGUAAAAGUUUGGCUGCUGACGGCUUCACUUGUAAUUCUUGUUUGCCUAAUAAGUGGGGAGAUAACUGUGCCAACCAGUGCAGCUGCUCUCCUACUACCACAAAGAGUUGUAGCCCCUUGAAUGGUGACUGUCUAUGUCAGAGUGGAUGGACUGGUUCUGACUGUUCUGUAGAUAUUGAUGAGUGUACUCAAAACCAAGCUAUCUGCGCUUCUAAAAAUAACACAGAUUGUCUCAACACAAAAGGAGCUUAUAUAUGUAGUUGUAAACUUGGUUAUGGGAAAACAUCUGGAAGUAAUGAAUGUCAAGCUUGCAGUGACAACUUCUAUGGUAAAGACUGUAGCCAACAGUGUAACUGUAACAGCUUUCAUUCAACUUGUGACAAAACAAAUGGAACUUGUCUCUGUAACAAGGGAUGGACUGGUCCAACAUGUGAUGAUGAUGUAGAUGAGUGUACAAAUACCAAUAGCUGCAAUAGUCUGAAGAAUGAAAAGUGCGUCAAUUCUCAAGGCAGUUUUACAUGUUCAUGCCAAACUGGGUAUUACAGACCAAUAGUUGCACAAGACUGCACAGUGUGCCCACUAUUCUUCUAUGGAGAGUUCUGUUCUCAGUCUUGUGCCUGCAGCUCUGCCAAUGCUAACAGUUGCAACCAUGUCAAUGGAACCUGCUCAUGUACAUCUCAAUGGAAAGGAACAAAUUGUUCUGCAGAUGUGGAUGAAUGUCAGGACAAAACAUACACAUGUCCUAGCAAUAGUAACUGUACCAAUCUAAAUGGUGGCUAUACAUGUACUUGUGUCUCUGGAUACUUUAAAAACAGUACUGAUAAUACAUGCCUAAAAAUUCUAGAGAAAUAUCUAGAAGUAAAAUUUUCUUACAAUAUUGGAAAUAUGAAUAUAUCUGAUACCACAAGUUCUGAAUGUAAAGAGUUAAAAACUGCAAUAGAAAAAGCUGUGUAUCAUGAGUUUGAAAAAACAAUUAAAAAAAUAUCAUUUGUAACAGUUGUUAACAUGAAGUCAGGCAGCCUUAUUGUAGAAAUGAAGUUAGGAACUUAUGAAAGUCAAGAUUCUGCAGAAAUAACUACAGCAUUACAUAACCUCAUGAGUCUACAGAGCAUAUUAAUAAUGAAUCAAACUGUGACUGUUACAUCCCUAAAACUCAAUGGAACAACAUUGGAUCGCACUUCUACUCUUUGUGACAUUAAAAAUGUUAUGGAAAAAUGUGCUGGCAAUGAAGUUUGUAAAGAAAAUGGAACUACAGCAACCUGCAUAUUGAUCUCAAACAGUGAUGAGAAACUUACUAUAGGACUCGCAGUUGGCAUUUCACUCUUCUGUCUUCUGUGUAUUGCAAUAGUCAUUGCUGUUUGUUUCUAUAAAAGAAGGCUAAUGAAAAACAAAGGAAGCUCAGAAGACAGACACUUGAAGCUUCUGUUCUCCAAAGAUAGAUCUUUAUCUGGAGCUGGUGUCUGGAACAGAAAAGAUUUAGCAGGCCCUUAUACAAAUGUUAGACUUUCAGGGCAAGAUCAUGUUCCCAAGAGUGACAAAUCUAAAAGCAUGAAGAGUAUACCUUUGCAGAAAGAUUAUAAUCCUUUUGUGUCUGGCAGAAAUCUUCUGAAUUCUGAGGAAAAAUUUCACAUCUUAAGACCUUCACUGAAACAAGGAAAUUUUUCUGAAACUUAAACUGAUAAGAUAUAUGUUUUUUUUUUAUUUGAAUUAAUGUAUAUUUGUUAAUUUAUAAUUAUUAAAAAUGUUUCAAGGCUAGUUUCUAAAAUAUAUCAUAAUUUUAAUUUCUUUAUACAUAUGCCUAUUUUGACAGAUAUACAAAAUCAUGUUCAUUUUUUUGUUAAUGUAAAAUUGUAUUGGUUUUGAUUUCUGGUGCUUAUUAACUCCCCUACAUUGUCAUGUUCAAGUCAAAAGUCUUUGUUUUUGUCAAAUGUUUUUACAUGUUUUGGAUGUUAUUCAUUCAGCUAGCCCAAACCUCCUGCUCAAAGAUGAGGGAUGGUGGCGACAGGGUUUCAGACUGGGAACAUGGAGACAAUGGAAUGACAGUCCAGAGCUCUUACCACACAACUAGUCACCAUUCAUGUUAUUUAGUUAUGUUAUAAUCUAUAGGCUACCUAUAUAUAGUGCACAUUUUGUACAAUUAGUUUAUUGUUUACAAAGCUUGAAUGUAUUUAUUGAUAUUGUUUCUUAAAUUACAACAUAUAUUCCCUUGAGAAGGUUUCAGAGGCUACAAAAGUGACUGAUGUAGUGCUUAUCUUUUAGUAGCCUGCAGUACUUUCACUUCAUCAUUGAUUCAUAAAGAAUUCCUUUCUUCUCAAUGAACAUUCAUGUUAGUGUCUUUCAACUUUUACUCAAUUUGACUGUACACUAUUGAUUAUCAUCUUUGAGUAUUAAUGUAACACAGUGUUUCCCAAACUUUUUCCUUAAUGGAACACUACACACAUUCUGAGUAUUUAGUGGAACACUUUGCCUAUUUUUUAGAGGGAUUUAUUCACGGUGUGACCUACUAGUUAAUUAUUACAGUAGUUCGUGGGAACACUUAUUCAGGCCUUGCAGAACAAUAGGGUUCCGCAAAACACAGUUUGGGAAACACUAAUGUAAUGAAUACAUUUCAUGUAAUAGCAGUAAUAUUUCUAUGUCAUUAAUUCUGUUAUCAUUUGUAUGCACAUUGUACUUAAAAUAAGUCUAUAGAUGGUUUUUAAAUUGUCUUUUUAUUUCAUAUCAAUGAACAAUAAAUGCUCAAAACUGUU